GGAAAUAAAAUAAUUAUUGACAUUAUAGACAUUUCGAAUUAAUCAUUUUAUUAAUCAUUUAAUUUGCGUUUACCGUUAUUCUUUUACAAUGUCAAUAAUAAUACUUUAAUUACAUUUUAUUUUAAUUUUCCUCAACAAGCAGAAAUGGAUCUUCCACCACUAAAAAAACCAAAGGUUUUUAAACUCGCAAAAAUGCCGAGAUUUUUACCUGGCGAAGUUCCCGAUAAUGAAAUGAUACGUGAUCUUAAAACCUUUAACCAACACAGACAUCGAUGCUUUUUUUGUGAAUCUGUCGUCGAUAAUAAACCACCGCCAAUGAACCCAAAUAAAUAUAUAAGAGUGAGCAGAAUUAGGGCUGAUGCUGCAAGACUGGAACAAAUCAAUGUAGAGAAUAAAGCGUUGGUUCGAAAAAUUAAUAUUAUAAAUCGAAUGGGCGGAAAACUUGAUACAUUCAAUCCGUUAGCUUAUGCACAAUGCUCGAGAUGGGGUGCUCAUGUAACAAACAUGCAUUACAUUGCAACAGAAAACAAAAAAAUUUACAAAAGAUUAUCAUCCGUUGAAUCCAAUUAUCCAAAUUCAGAUCUCGAAAAAGAAUGGCAAAAUAACCUUAAUAAAUUAAAACAUAUGGCCCGAUACACUUUACAAAUGUUUAUUACAAAGACUUUAGAUCAAACUAUAAAUGCAAUGCCUUCUAUAAGUAAUUUACAAUUAUUCGGGAUAAAACCAAAGAAGAAAAAGCGACCUCAUUGUUUCAUCGAUUUUAGAAUCAAAGACGGUAUUCCAAUGGGUAGAAUAAUCAUAGAACUUUAUAACGAUGUUUGUCCGAGAACUUGUGAAAACUUUAUAAGUAUUUGCAAUGGAAACAAAGGGCUUCACUACAAAUGUUGCAAAGUUUACAACGUCGUAAAGGGACAAUACUUCGAAACCGGAGAUGUUACACUAAAUAACGGCAGAGGAGGUUGUAGUAUUUACGGGUUUCGUUUUCCCGAGGAGACACACCUUUUAAGUCAUACAAAACCAGGUGUUGUUUCGAUGGUUCCCAUUGAAAGAACUUUCAACGAUUCGAGAUUUUCGAUAACAUUCGAAGCCCAGGAUCAUUUAGAUCGGAAAAGAGUGGUUUUCGGAAAAGUUGUUCAAGGAAUGAAAACGAUUUAUCACAUUCAAGAUCUUGGAAGGAAAGUUGGGGCUCCUAUCGUACCUAUUAUAAUCGCUGCAUGUGGUAAUAUCAAACGUAAGAGACGUAAAUGAUAUGUUUUUCAUUGUGUGUUUUUAAAAAUAAAAUAAUUAGGAAUA